GCGGCGCCAGGCGGAGGGCGCGGGGCGCGCACGCUGUAAAUGGCAUCGGCUGUCAUCCGCGCCGGCCGUGUGGGCAGGAGCCGCUAUAUAAGCGGCGGCGGACGCCGCGGGGCAGACGCGCGGAAGCGGCCGGCGCCUCGGAUCGCAGCGGCGGAGCAGCGGCGCCCCCCGCGCCGCGUGUCCCCGACGGGCCCUCGCCCGCCCUCCCGAGCCGCGCCGCCCCGGGCCCGCCAGGGCCGCCGCCGCCCCGCAGCAGAUUUGGAUCCGCCGCCCGGCGAGCCCCAGGCGGCUGCCUCCCGGGGGGCCCCGGCGGCGCAGCGGCCGCUCCCCGACAGCCCCGCCGCCGCCCCGCCGCCGCCGCCGGGCCCCGAGGACGCCGCCGGCAGCGCCAUGGCGGCCGCCAAGCCCGGCGAGCUGAUGGGCAUCUGCUCCAGCUACCAGGCGGUGAUGCCCCACUUCGUGUGCCUGGCCGACGCGUUCCCGCAGCCCGUGCGGCCCGCCAAGCUGCCCAAGGGCAAGGGCCGGCUGCGGCGGCCGCGCCAGUCCCGCUUCAAGACGCAGCCGGUGACCUUCGACGAGAUCCAGGAGGUGGAAGAGGAGGGGGUGUCGCCCAUGGAGGAGGAGAAGGCCAAGAAGUCCUUCCUGCAGAGCCUGGAGUGCCUGCGCCGCAGCACGCAGAGCCUGUCGCUGCAGCGCGAGCAGCUCGGCAGCUGCAAACUGAGGAACAGCCUGGACUCCAGCGACUCCGACUCGGCCCUGUGAGGCCGCCGCCUCCGGGGUCCGCCGGGGACCAGCGUGCGAACCCCGGGAGGGCCCGCGCCCUGGGAACCCCUGGGGAUCCCCCCGGAUCCGGGACCACCGCCCCCCGCGAGCUCGCGCUGGGACUCCCGCCAAACAGAACUGCCCGGUGCGCCUCGGGCUGCGCGCAUCCCGGGUCCGAGCGCGCCGGGGGCGCCCGGAAGGGGGCCGCUUCUCCGCCCGUGCCCAUGUUUAUUUUUAAACUCUGCCCAGCGCGGACUCUGCUGUGAGUGAGGGUGUGCGGGAGCUCCCCGGAGGGAGAGCCGCCCCGCGCCCCGCGCCGAGGGGCUGCAGCUCCCACUGCGCUCCCCGCUCCACGCCUGCCCCCCGCGCACCGGCUCCCACUCACGCCCCCUCCGCUCGCUGCACACUUUUAUAACCGCGGGGACUCGGGGUGCAGCGCGGCCGCCGCCGUGGCCGGAGGACGGAUAUUUAUUUUUGCAUUGCGAUGGCGAUGGCUGGCGGCAUUCACUGAACGGUCUUCUUUUUACCUGGAUAUGUCUGUGAGGCUCCCGAACGGAGACGAAUAAAGUCCAUAUAUUUGCACAGUG